GCUCACUACCUGUUAGCUUAACGCGACCGGAGGACAAGCGCCAGCGAAGCUACCGUCAACCAGCCCGUAAACAGCAAAACAAAUGGAGGCUGCCGGCUGACUGUGUGUUCUUGGCAGCACACUGACACGGAGCGUAACCCGUCAUCUCGUCGCUCGUAGCGGGCGGAAGCAGCCAGCGGGCUGAAGCGACCGCCGCGGGGCCUCGUCGUCGUGGCCCAGCAGGACUCGAGUGAAGUUGGGAGCGGACUCCCAAACUUCUGCUUCUCUAGCGGCUCUCCGCGGGGCCCGGGGCUCCUGUCACCGGCCCUGUGGAUGACGACGUGAAGACGCGUCUAAUUGACCACCAGAGAUUCACAGUUGGCAGAUCAGCUGAUCGCUCAGCAGCUCCGGGCUCUCUGGAUCUGCUUCAUGACAGGAUUCACGGUGUGGCUUUUGCUGUUUCAGGAGAAAGGGAUCCCUUUGAUGGGAGAAUCCUCUUUCCUGGCCUCCCGGGUCAAUCGCCGUGCCAUGAUGAUGGAUGAGCAGGAGGCGCUGAACUCGAUCAUGCAGGACUUGGCCGAACUGCACCGCUCCAGCCGUCCUUCCAUGUUCCUGUCGGACCUCGGCAAACCCAAAGCCUCCUCGCCCAAGAACCAGAACGAUGUGAGGGUGAAGUUCGAGUUCAAAGGAGAGAAGAGGAUCUUGCAGUUCCCUCGGCCCGUCAAGCUAGACGACCUGAAGGGGAAAGCUAAAGUGGCUUUCGGUCAGACGAUGGACCUUCACUACACCAACAAUGAGUUGGUGAUUCCACUGACCACCCAGGACGACCUAGACAAGGCCGUGGAGCUGCUGGAUCGCAGUGUUCACAUGAAGAGCCUGAAGAUCCUCCUGGUGCUCCAGAUCUCCUCUCAGAACAUGGACCUCCUGCCGUCCCACGAGGAGCUGGACAACACGGGGUUCCGAGUCGCUGACAAGAAGACUAUGCAGGCCUUGAUAGGCUCCCAUUCAACGGACCGCAGCUCGCCUCCUCCGGGUUACAUCCCCGACGCCCUGCAGCAGGUGGCGAGGAACGGCUCCUUCACCAGCAUCAACAGCGAGGGGGAGUUCAUCCCUGAGAGCAUGGACCAGAUGCUGGACCCGCUGUCUAUGAGCAGUCCAGAGAACUCUGCGUCUGGAAGUUGUCCCUCUCUGGACAGCCCACUGGACAGCGACUAUCCCAAGUCCAGGAUGCCCCGAGCACAGAGCUACCCGGACAACCACCAGGAGUUUCCAGAGUACGACCUCCCGGUGUUUGAGAAGUCGGGUAAAGGCGGGACGUACCCCCGGCGGUACGGCGUUCCCUUCGGCCUCCAGGACUACAGCGACGGGAGGAAGACCUUCCCUCGCGCCCGGCGGACGCAGGUCCACGGCUUCCGCUCGCCCGUCAGCUUCAGCCCGACGGAGCAGUCGCCCAGCGCCAGCAGCGGCAGCAGCGUCUUCACCCCCGACCUGGAGGAGGGCCCGGGGCCCGGCAGGAGGCCCCGCAGGGGCAGCGACAUUGAGCCCAACCCCACGCUGUCCGUCAUGGACAUCAGCCCCCCCAGCCGCUCUCCUCGCGCCCCCACAAACUGGCGGCUGGGGAAGCUCCUGGGACAAGGCGCCUUCGGGCGCGUCUUCCUCUGCUACGACGCAGACACCGGGCGGGAGCUGGCGGUGAAGCAGGUCCAGUUUGACCCCGAGAGUCCGGAGACCAGCAAGGAGGUGAGCGCCCUCGAGUGCGAGAUCCAGCUCCUGAGGAACUUGUGCCACGAGCGGAUCGUCCAGUACUACGGCUGCCUGCGGGACACCAUGGAGCGCACGCUCUCCAUCUUCAUGGAGUACAUGCCCGGCGGCUCCAUCAAGGACCAGCUGAAGUCAUAUGGAGCGCUAACGGAAAACGUGACGCGGCGCUACACGCGACAGAUCCUGGAGGGGGUGUCCUACCUGCACAGCAACAUGAUUGUCCACAGGGACAUCAAAGGGGCCAACAUCCUCCGGGACUCGGUGGGGAACGUCAAGCUGGGGGACUUCGGCGCCAGUCGCCGGCUGCAGACCAUCUGUCUGUCGGGGACGGGCAUCAUGUCGGUGACCGGCACCCCCUACUGGAUGAGUCCGGAGGUGAUCAGUGGGGAGGGCUACGGCAGGAAGGCCGACAUCUGGAGCGUCGGCUGCACCGUCGUGGAGAUGCUGACGCAGCGACCCCCGUGGGCGGAGUUUGAGGCCAUGGCGGCCAUCUUUAAGAUCGCCACCCAGCCCACCAACCCCGUGCUGCCGGCCCACGUGUCGGACCACAGCCGGGACUUCCUCAAGAGGAUCUUCGUAGAGACGAAGCAGCGGCCUUCUGCCGACGAGCUACUGAGGCACAUCUUCGUACAUUAGCUCCCCGACCUUUGACCCCGCCUGCCUGCAGUUGAUGUGGAUCAGGAGGAAGUGAGGGGCGCGGGGGGGGGGGGGUAUAAGCUCCUCACGUCUCUGUUUGUAUGAGACUGCCAUAGAAGACAGGAAUUUAUAUUUCAUUUUUCUCUGCAAGCUGCACCUUAAUUUCUGAACCGGGGGGGGGGAGAGGGGUGCUCCUCCUGGAACAAAGCGACUCCUCUCUUUUUAAUGUCCGUAUGGGUUCUCUCUCCGUACGCUGGGAGUGGGGACAGCAUCGUGUUGUGGACCUGCAGGGGGAAACGACCCCAGAAUGUAGCCUCCUGCUAAAACCCUCGGGGGGGGGGACCUGGGCCCUGGGCCCGCUGCUAUGGACGAAACACUCCCCGGGACAGAUCCCACUCGCCUGCCCUCGGCCCGCCUCCUCUUGCGCCUCCCCCUUUGUCUCCUCUACUCCCCCCCCCCCUGUGAGGUUUUUCCGUUUGCCCCCCCCCCGAUGAACUGCCUUUGCACCAUUCUCAGUUCAUCCGUUUCUGCCUUUCUGGGGGUGGAGCAGGUGGAGCUCACCUCCGCCCUUCUGCUUUAACAGAGAAUGUACCAGCUGACUGCUCCUCAGGCGGGGAUUGGUGCUGCUUACUUUCCCCGGAUCCCAUUGGUCGAACCCUUGUCCUCAAAGGGCAAAGGUCAGAGGACAAAUGCGGAGUGGAACAUUUCAUCUCAGAUCCCAUAAUUGUGAGGUGGACUGGUGGACUUUUAAAUCCAGUCAUGACUGGACUGUUAAACUCAUCAGUCCGUCAUUCUGCAGAGAGAAGCGUGCGACGUCCACUGAUAGGUGUCGAUAUUAGAUGAUGAGAAGCAUUUAGAUACGGAGGCGGGGUCGAAACUCACAGCCGAUUGGCCGACGGUUCGGCUGCAUGACGCUGAGCUCCGAUGUAGCUCCCCCCCCCCCCCCCCCCCCCUCGCCCCGGUCUGUCUGCUGAAUACAUGAGUUAAUGUUCUUGCUCUUCUAACUGUGAAACCGAACCCCUUCGUGCACAUUAGUGACGGUUGGAUCUGAAUCAUUUUGUGCGCCGUUGACCCCCCCCCCCCCCCUCCCCCCACUCCGCCCUUAAAGCCUUUUUAAUAAUCGAUCAGGCUGCAGAAACCCAAACAUUUCAUUUAAGAAUCAACCGGAGGUACCUGCGCGCUUUAAUGAGAGAAAAAACAGGAUUCAAAUCUAAAUGUGAUCUUAUUAAAGGUGCAAUCAGUUACUGUAUUUUCCAGCGACGCCGCCGUCAUGUUCUCUAAAACGUGUCGUUUUAAAGAUGAGAUUAUAGUCGACACGUCUGCUCAGUUUCUACCCACAAUAAUCAGCACGCCGCUCAGCUAUUGGCCGUUUAAUGGUACGAGAUAUUGUGUCUGGGUUUGGUGGUUGUUGUUGUUAUUGUUGCUAGGUAAGCCUUUAUUCCUGUAAUAAUGUAAAACGCAUCUCCAUAAAAAGGUUUAUUGGUACGAUACAAUUCAAGGGGGGGAAAUAGUCACCUGAACAACAGACAUGGAGGAUAAAGUCUCCAAUAGUCACAUUUUUUGUGUAACCUUUCAAAAAGUUCCUCAUUAAAACCAGGAGACUUUCUAUGAAGCGAUUAGGAAGUGAAUCAGUCUUUGAUCUGCUGAUUAAGUGAAUUAUUAUGUUUGUUGUUGUAGGUCCGUGCGGCGGCCACUAGAGGCCAGUAAAGAUCAUUUUACUCUUUGCACCUUUUUGCAAAAGCACGAGUGAACUGUUGUUCAGCUGAUUGGUGAAGUCUGAUCACAGGACUUGUUAAACUGGUCGGAAAGAUGCAGACUUUGUUCAGCUCGUCUGUGAUUGGUUGUCCACCAGGGAAGAGGGCGACUCUUCAUCUCGCACUGGUAGCCCCCGACAACCACUCUGCACUACCUUUGAGUCACUGAUGCUUCUUCACGCUCAGCCACCUUUUCUUUGCACAUUUUAAAGCCUUUUUUUAAAACUCUUACACAAGUGUUUGUGCGUGUGUGUGUGUGUGCGCGGCGCAAGUGAGUCAGUACAAGAAAGUUGUCUUUUUUUUCUUUUUUUUUACCAUCAGAUGGCCUCGUUCACCGAGGAUUAAAGCCUCUGUGUCAGUAUUUGUCACCUGCAAAUGCCAAGAUACACCUGUAGUCCUCUAUUUAGUGUCCAAAGCCACUGCUGCCACUCCUGUGUGUGUGUGUGUGUGUGUGUGUGUGUGUGUAUAAACGUGCAUUUACUGCAAUUUGUGCUAUUUGGACACAGCGCCCAAAAUGCCUUGCGCAUUCUGACUGUAGGAGGGGAGGACAUGCAAAUGAUAAUAAUAAAAAAAAAUGUACAAAUGUAUAAAAUUAAAAUGUACUCUUUUUAAAAAGAAAAAAAAGCAAAGUCCACUUCUAUCCCACAUGUUUGGUCUCUGUGUAUUGUUAAAGAAGCCAUGUUUAUAAUUCUAAUUGGUUUGUGACCAAUACGCCUGUUUAUAUCAGAUCUGUAUAUCAGUGGUACGCAUAAUUUUUUAAUAUAUAUUUUUUAUUUUACUUUUUUUUUAAAUGGGAGAUUUUAUGCAUGGUUGGGUCCUGAGAGACGCAGCGGUGCUGUUGAAUGGUUGUUGUCUUUUGGAAAGAUUCUGGAGUAUUGCGACAGCUGUGUUCAGAAUUUGAACAAUUACAAUGACCAACAACAAUAAAAAGAUAUUUAUUUGA